CCACUUCGAUUUUCAGGGUAUCUAUCAACACUGUAGGGUCCGCCUCCCGGAAGUUCAUCGCUGAAAAAUUCAAAACCCUCAAGAAGGGUUUCCCCUCCAAACUUUCUUCGUCGGGAUCGCCGGGGACAUCGCCGGCAACCCCAACCGUCGUCGGGAAAUCAGGAACCUCCCCUAGCUGCGCCAACCUUCCUCUGACUUACAAUAUGAAAGGUGGUGCGAAAAUCCUGGCCUUACUCAUAACGGUUUCGCUCGCUGAGCUGACUAGUGUGAUACCCCGUCCCAUUUUCCUUUGCAAGUGUUGCGGCUUGGAGCGGCAGAAUUUCAGUCUUGCCUGUGUGGGGGCACUUGUCAUAGCCCUGCGGUGGCUCUUCCCUGGACCACUUACCUACCCGCUGUAUGCCAUCGGCCAAUUGAACCAUAUAUGGAAGAUCAUUGCCACUUUCUUCUUUGGUGCAGCCAUCAUCCUAAUAUCCGUGUGGAGCCCUUCUAAGUGUUCCGGGGCUUUCUUCCUAGCGAUGAUAUCGGUAUUGCUGACCUCCGAGGCCAAGCUCUCAAGCCUGAACGGUGUAAACAUUCCAUAUAUUUGCAUCAUUCAGCUGCGGUAUGUUCUGAUCAAUCAUGCUCGAGUGAACUUGAAUGACUUUUAUGGUAUCCAGCUCGGAGAGUCUGAGAUGAAGGAAGAGCAUGCAAUCCUCUUGCUUCUUGUCCCAUCAUUGAUCAUUACCUUGCUGAUAUGGGCUUUUGGCGGCAAACACACUCGCGAGGAAGCAGUGGAGGCAUUUGCUUUGCUAUCUUAGGGGUCGUGAUGGAGGGACAAGGUUGAAUAUCGACCAGUGAGUCGGACAAAUUAUGUGAUUUAGCUGUAAGAACUACCAGUUCAUCCUUGAAUUUAUGAUGUUAUUGUAUCCACGUCUGAAGUGAUUAGAUAUGAUAAACUUAUUCUCUACUGUUUGUUUCCUUGUUGAAUUUACGAAACUUAAGACUUUUAGGCUAGACUGCUAUUA